UUGUACCUUCUCAAUGUACGGCUCCCUUGGCUAUUUAUUUCGAGGUUCCAGCAGGCUGGUAUUCAGUCGAGUUUAGAAGUCCAUCAUCUCUACAGUGCUUUUCUGGCGCUUUGUUUUAAACCAGUUUAAACCCUUCAAAAACUGUUCUGUUUUUACGAUGGUUUCUUCAACAAGUUUCGUGUCUCUGCUCAUGACGAUUUGUCUGAUGUACUCCAUGACGCUGCUCAGAGCACGGGCCCACACAUUACCACAUCCGCAAGUACCCUUAGGUAUACAUAAAGAUGACGGAACACUAUCAGCAAAUUAUUUUGCUGAUUUUCUCCGCGUCCUCUACGCUCCUCAAGCGGCCAACGACGACUCGUCGAUGUCAGUGGGCGCGGUGAACGAAAUGCCGAAUGAUGUUUUCCCGUUGAUAACGCCUGAUGCAAUUGAGCUUGUCGCUCACGAAGACAUUUACGAAUCAAACCGACAAGAAGAGUUUCCGUCAGAAGGCGGUGUGCUAUUGCCAAUUUUGCAAAAACGCAAUGCUAGAUAUUGCGGCUCCUACCUGGCUGACGCUCUCCGUAUGGCUUGCAGCCGUAGCAGUUACCUUCCACUGUUCGGCAAACGUUCCAUUCAAUCAGCGGGUAAGUCAGUGACAACUACCGCCGCUAGCCCUGAUACAGAACUGGGUACGUGGCCUUUUAUCGCCGACGAUAAAGCCCAUUCGAUUCUAAACAAUCAGCAUUUGUUUCACCGUUUUACGCGAGGAGUUCACGACGAGUGUUGUGUCAAAGGCUGCACUUUCAAAGAGCUGACGUCUUACUGUACUCGUCCCAACUAAGAAUCUCCACCAUUCCUACAGCGACAUGCUAGCUGAUGACCCGCACUUUAUGCGUUUAUAACGCAAGAGUUAUGCAACAAUAGCGUUAAGCAACUGAAAGUAGCACAAGCAUGUUGUUGAUGUAACCGUUCACUGUAGUCUGUCGCUUUUUCCGUUUGGGCAUUCGUAAGUGACCUCUACAUUUGGCUCCCGCUUUUCGCACAUUAUGCUUUCGUUGGCUCGUUUUUUUUUGGCAUUGAAAACAUUGACGAGUGCCGUCAGGUCAAAGAUAUUGUUUUUAGCAGCUGCUUCGACUAAUACGCUGAAUUGUUACGGACGUUUCUUUUUGCCACAAAAAACAUUUAUCAUAUAUGUUUGAUAUUCUUAAGUCCCGAUUGCGAACUUUUCUAAACCAUCUGUGAUUCGUUCUAUUUGUUCCAAGGGCCUAAGUUUCCUUUGUUUUUCAGGCGACUACAUUGCAAUGCUCUUCACUA